AUGUUAAAAGGGGAAGUAACUGCUGUUCAUUUAAAUCGUAGUCAUCAUAAACAUGAUUAUAUUAAUGCAAAUGAAAUUCGAGGUGUAAAUAGUCUCAAACAAUAUAUUGCUUGUCAAAGUCCAUUGAUGAAUACAUGUGAAGAUUUUUGGGAUAUGAUUAUUCAAUAUAGAAUACCAAAAAUUGUUAUGUUAAAUCAGUUUGAUCAAGCCGAUCAACAAAAUCCUUCUGCAUCAUCAAAAUGUUAUCCUUAUUUUCCAAAACGUAGAGGUGAACAAUUCAAAUUUGAUGAUAUUGUUAUAAAACUAAAUGAUAUUGAACAUUAUUCUCAUAGUAGUUUGGAAAUCCGUUAUUUAUCUAUAAGACAAUUUGGCGUAAAACAUGAUGUUAUUCAUUAUUAUUAUACUGGCUGGCCGGAUUUUAAUGUUGUUGAAGCAAAACAAUUACUUACUCUUAUUGAUAUAGUAAACAAACAUGGAUCAUCUCAAUCUUUACUUUAUAAUAAAACAACAAAUAGUUCAUUAUUAAUACCAAUCGUUGUUCAUUGCAGUGCGGGUGUUGGUCGAACAGGUACUUAUAUAACAGUAGAUACAAUUGUUCGUCUACUUGAUCGUCCUAUUGAUAAAUUAAAAACGUUCGAACUUGAUGUUAUGGCUAUUGUAUAUCAAUUAAGACGACAAAGAGUUAGCAUGGUUCAAACCAAAGAACAAUAUUUAUUGGUAUAUCGUUGUGUUGAAGAAUAUUUAAAACAAACUGUAUCACCAGAUUCACAACCUACAUAUGAAAAUUUAAAAAAUUGUUCACUAACAUCAACCCCUCAUGAUUAUACUAAUUCUUUUAUGACGACAGGUGUAAGAAUAAAUCAUUCAAAUAUUGAUCAAGUGUCUUCUUAUACUAAUUCAAAAACGGAAAGACCAUUUCCAGAACGAAUAAAUUCAAGAACAUCACAAGUUGUUAAUCACCACAGUUAUCGAUCUCGUGCUAGGACACGACGACCAACAUAUGAUGAUUCAUUACAAAAUAAUUAUUAUCGUACAACAUCAAAUGACAAUGGAAACGAUUAUCCACUGCCACCACUACCACCACGACGAAAUACAAGUACACAAUCUUAUCCUAAAGUUCAUCAACGGAAUAGUUAA